CAGAGCCUCGCCGGCGGCUUCCUACUGCUCCUCGGGAGUUUGGGCCUCCCAAAGGAUGCCCCUAGCAAGCUGCAGUGCUACCUGAUGGUACCCACCAACGACAUGAACUGCACGUGGGAACCUGGCCCAGACCCAGGAGUCUUAUACACCUUUUUCUACCAGAGCAAAAAGUACGACCCUAACAGGACUCAGGAGACCCAGGUACCCAUAGGGCAGCACUGGGUACUGAUCAAGAGAGAAAGCUUGACCGAGUCUGACUUGUACCAAGUCUGGGUGAGGUCGGCCCACCGUCCCCCCAGCCCAGGAGACCCUGAGCCCCUCCUCAUCGACCUGGACGACAUAGUGAAACCCAACCCCCCUAAGAUGUCUCCCAGUGUGGAGUACUCCAAUGACUCUUUAGAGGUCACCGUUACCUGGACCCCUCCUGAAUGGUCCUAUCCCCAGUCUUUCAUCUACCAGCUCCGCUACCGCAACCACAGCAGCCCCGUCUGGAUCCAGCUGGAUCCAGAAGACACACUUAUGGGCCAUUUUGUCCUCCAAGCCCUGGAACCCGCCACAAGAUACGAGGUGGCCAUCCGCUGCCGACUUCAGGAUGAGAAAGGCUUCUGGAGUGACUGGAGCCCAAGUAUCAGCUUCUGGAGUGUGCCGGCUGCACCAAGCAGCCUGGUGAAUCUGUGGGUGUCAGCAUCUCUCUGCAGUCCGAAGCCUGGGGGUGACAGUCCCCUGCUGCUCUGGAAGCCGCUCGCAAAUGAGACCAAUCUAAGCUAUGAAGUGGUGUUCCGGGUCAGGGGUUGUGACCUGCCCCCUGUUGUGCACCCCUGCUGCCAAGCCUUGCUUCCCAGAGACGCAGAGUGGGCAAGGGUGCUGGCCUUCAACCCUACCGGCCGCACACCUUUUGCCAACCUCACCUUGGAGUGUGCGGGUUCUGCCCCGGAGGGAGUCAGGGUCGAGAGCACAGGGAACCAGGAGCUGCUAGUAACCUGGAAGCCCGGGCAAGGAGGGGAGCCCCAGGAGUAUGUGGUGGAGUGGGCCAGGGAUGGGGGAACUGUCCAGGAACUUCACUGGAUCCGACUACAAGCCGGGGAACACAAAGUCCUGCUGAAUGGGAACUUCCCACCGGGAAUCCCCUUCCAGGUGGCUGUGAGUGGCAUUUUCCCCCAAGGGCUGGGCCGCUCCUUGCCAGCCUGGGGCUAUGGGCAAGAGACAGUGCCCUUGGCAGGCCCAGCCCUUCAGCGAUUACAGGAUGUCCCCGGGGGAGCACCAGUUGUAGCAUGGGAGCAGUUGCCCCUCAGGCAGCGUCGUGGGCACCUGACUAGUUAUAACCUGUAUGUGCAGGCGGGCACCAGCCCUCCUACCCUCUGCAUUGUGAGUUCAGACACCCAAAAUCUAACCUUGCGGAACCUGGUGUCCGGUGGGCGCUACAAGCUAUGGAUGACGGCUGCCACCUCUGCCGGGGAAGGACUCCCUGGACCAAGCCUUCUAUUCCAACUCCCAGAGAACACAGUAAGGUGGAAGGUGUUCCUGGGCUGCCUGCUAUUCCCUGGGCUGCUGCUACUAGGCUGUGGACUGGGCCUGGCCUUCUCCAAACGUUGCCUCCAUAUCUGCCACAAGAUUCCACCCCGCUGGCUCUGGGAGGACACCCCAGAUCCUUUCAACAGCAGAGCCGCCUGGACGGAGGAAGAGGAUGUCCCCAGGGCCCUGCCCCCACAGGAGCCUCCUCUCCUAGAAGUGGAAGAGAUGGAGCCCCUGACUGCACCAGAGGCUGGAGUGGCCAGCCAACAGCCAUUGCCCACCUUUGGCUACGAGAGGCACUUCCUGCCCACCCCAGAAGAGCUGGGUCUCUACUCGGCAGGACAAGUUGACUGUGCUCAAAUCACCACACAGCCUGGAGAAGAGGAGAUGCAGGAUGGUGGGGAAAGGGGGCCAGAGGGGACUGUGGGAACCGAAAAAUCUGAGAACCUACCAGCCUCGGGAGAGGAAGGGGAGAUAGACACUGGGCCAGAAAUGACUGGCGUGUCCCAAAGCCUGGAGGGCUCCCCUCUCCGACUCCUUCCCUCCCCGCUGUAGGCCUAGACAGAAGAAUAAACCAAU